UUUUUUCUUGACGUCAGGAGAAGUCUGAACGCGGACUCUGGUCCCUCCCUGCGCACAAGCACCAGCCGCACAUCGCUUCACCGAGAGGGAAGACAUCACAGCCACUCAUCGCCAUUUAGCAGUAGUCUGGCGAGUCCUAUCAGUGUUGUAGGAUGCCUCUUGGUGAUGAGGACGGAAAUGGGUGGAAAAAGAAGACUUCGGACAUCAAAGACAACUAUGAUUUCAAAGAAGUGCUUGGAACGGGAGCUUUUUCUGAAGUGGUGCUAGCCGAGGAGAAGCGGACCCAAAGACUUGUAGCCAUUAAAUGCAUCCCUAAGAAGGCUUUAGAAGGCAAAGAGAACAACAUUGAAAAUGAGAUCGCCGUGCUGCAUAGAAUCAAACAUCCCAACAUUGUUUCUCUGGAAGACAUCUUUGAAAGUACAUCACAUCUAUAUCUUGUUAUGCAGCUCGUAUCCGGGGGCGAGCUGUUUGACCGCAUUGUGGAAAAGGGCUUUUACACAGAAAGAGAUGCCAGCCAACUCAUCCAGCAGAUCCUGGAUGCUGUCAAAUACCUCCACGAUAUGGGAAUUGUCCACAGAGACCUGAAGCCAGAGAACCUGCUGUACUACAGUAUGGACGAGGACUCCAAGAUCAUGAUCAGUGAUUUUGGCCUGUCAAAGAUCGAAGGAAGUGGCAGUGUCAUGUCUACAGCCUGUGGGACUCCUGGUUAUGUGGCUCCUGAAGUCCUUGCCCAGAAGCCAUAUAGUAAAGCAGUGGACUGUUGGUCCAUAGGAGUCAUUUCUUAUAUUCUAUUAUGUGGAUAUCCUCCUUUUUAUGAUGAAAAUGAUGCAAAGUUAUUUGAGCAGAUUUUAAAAGCAGAGUAUGAAUUUGACUCUCCGUACUGGGAUGACAUCUCAGAUUCUGCCAAAGACUUCAUCUGUCACAUGAUGGAGAAGGAUCCAAUGAAGAGAUACACGUGUGAGCAGGCUCUACAGCAUCCAUGGAUUUGUGGAGACACAGCCCUGGACAAGAAUAUCCAUGAAUCAGUGAGCGCUCAGAUCAAAAAGAACUUUGCCAAAAGUAAAUGGAAGCAAGCGUUUAAUGCCACAGCUGUUGUGCGCCAUAUGCGAAGGCUGCAGCUGGGCACGAGUGUGGAGGGGCCCAGUCAGAUCACUCCCACCAGCCCCUGUCAUGGACACCUGCUCCCUGAGGAAGAGGAAGAGGAGCUGGGCAGCGGAGAGGACGAGAGCUUGUCCCACUAUGAGGAUGGUCGCCGUGGUAGCAACGAGGGCAGCGUGGACCGGGACAGUCUCAGGAGCUGUACCUACUGCUGCAGGCCGGCCAGUCGGGUCUGAGUCCUGUCGUCAUGGUAACAGAGCCCGGUUCCCGCCCCAAAACAGAACCCCCCAUCCCCCUGGAUCCCAGUCUGACCCAGUCUGAAAACGAUGUGGUCAUCAUCAGGCCGUGUCCGUCAGCUCCAGUGGACAGUUACAUAAGAGCUAAACAUAUCACAACAAGAUGAUGCUUAACCCUCUGGACAUGAAGGUUUUAAACAGGGCUUUGUCUGCAUGUGUCUUCAUAUUAACCUCCAGCAUGUUGUGGUCCUUUGUCCUUUCCGUCAGCUAAUAACUAUUUUUAUUUUGAAAUGACAGAAAUUAGCAUCUUAAACUAAGCUACACUAUAGCCUUAAGACCAGAUUUAUUUUUGGUUUUCAGAUAAUGACUAUGCAUUAAUUAGUCUCAAUAAAGCAUGAACUUAAUCUGUAAUAAAUAACAACAACAUAGUUUAUUAAGAAUGAUUCAGGCUCCUAAUCCCUUAGUGAAGUAGUAAUCCUUUCUUAAUAAACUAUUGGUUCAUUAUUAUUCAAGUCUGCAUGUUAUAUUGCAGCUAAAAGAGGUGUAGUUACUAUAAAUUCCCUAAUUUGAUUACGUAUCUAUUGUCAUUUUGUUACCUGACCAGAUAGAUAUAUGUGCUAAUUUUUUUAAAAUAAUUAAGUCAUUUUGUUUAAACACAGUUUUGUUACAGUGUGAAGGUGGCAGAUGUGAAUCACAACCGAUGCCCCAUGCGUGUCUGAACUGUUUUUCAAUAUGUUUUCUCUUUUCUUUCAUUGUGUUUUCCAGCAUUUUGGAGGUGGAAAGUUUAAAGCUUGAGCUAGAGUUAAGUUACUGUUUACUUUCGUGGCUUGUUAUUAUUGACUUUUUGUAACUUCCACCCACAUCUGACCUGUUAUAAGCAUUUGUUCCUCUGGUCGUUGCAUAAGACAUAUUUUUAGGUUCAAAGCAUUAUGGACAGGUGAGCCUAUCUUGGGGGCUUGUAUGUUGUGUUUUCUGGCUCAGACUGGGAUCAUGGCGAGUGGUCUUAUCUCAAAGUGUCUGCAUGCUCAUGUUGGGAAAGACACAAUAGAAAAUCAAAAUAAUUUAUUUAAUUUUAUGACUGUUUUGUUGUUCGAGGCUCAAACUGAGAUCCUCAAAAAAAAAAAAAAAAAAAAAAAGUACUACUGAAUACUGUCCUCACUGGGCUGCCAUAUAAAAAGUUGGGGAAGAAGUUAAAAAUCAUACAGUCACAGUUAUGUUGAAAAUACCCCCCAGUCAUCGCUCAUGCUGCGCUCUGAUUGGCCGGAUCUCAGUCUGGGCGCUCCCCCGCUCCGUGCUGUGCACCUCUAGUGGAAGACGUUUUGGUCUACUGUCUGCAUGACCUGGUAAAUAUUUUUACAUAAAUGAUGAUCAAUUAUAACACACAUGAUUAUUAUUACUCUGUUGUAUUGAGAAAUUCUGUACUAUUGUAAUUUUGAACUAUAUAAUGUGAAGUGAGUAACACCUGAAGUAAUGUUGUUCAAGUACAACACAGCACAGUGGACAUUUGCUUUGGUCGCAGAUGUCGAGUCUAUUUAAGUAACAGUUUGUGUACGUUUAUUCACAGCCUGUGUUUUCUGCAGAUGCACACAUCUACUCAGAAUAUCCCCAAUGAGACUAAAGGAUAUGUACUCCCUGUGUUCCCUAUGGACCAUUUGCCCACACAUAAAGACAACAUGUUAUUGGUUUUAAAAUGAGGCCAUCAAAAUCAUUAUUACCUACUUGAAAAAUAUGCUGGUCAAGCCCCUGAGUAAUGCUGACAGAACUUUAUCAUAUCAUAGUAUAAUGUUGUAGCUACCUGUGGGUUAAGAUCUACUUUUAAAAACAAAACAAAAAAAACAACAUAAAACAAUACAGAUCCUGACACAUUGUAGUUUAAUUAAAGGGAAUCACUCUGGGAUCUCUGACUGUAAAAUAUGCAAACAGUGUGUGAAGGGCUCAUGUUAACUUUAAGGAGCCAGUGUUAAGACUUCGAUCCUGGCCCUAUCUGUUCAAUGAGAAUGACCUUUUGUUUACCUUACGUGGGAUUUGUUGCCACCUGGCUGGGUUUUAUAGAGCUUAGUUUACCCAUAACAAACACCCAAAUGCAUAAAGAAACACAUGUAUAUUAUAUAUAUAAGUACAUAUUGUAUAUCCUUUUUGUAAAGACUGUUUUGAGCUACAAAUGUAUGGAUGCAAUGCAUCAUGGGAUAUUGAACAAGGUGUAAAAAAAAAAUGAU